ACGCGUCCCAGCUGUAGAGUCUAGGGCUCCGGGGUCAGAGUGCUGCAAGGGAGAACUGUCUGAAUUCCGCUCUGACUGUCUCUCUCUCUCACUCCAGGGCUUCUGAUCAGCCUUUUCCAGGUGUGCAACCCUAUCCACCUUCGCAGCUGAAACUUUCUCCUUCCGGUCCUCUGUUAAGGCAGCAGCCAUGCCGGUAACAGUAACCCGUACAACCAUCACGACUACAACGUCAUCAUCCUCCACCACUGUGGGGUCCGCUCGGGCGCUGACCCAGCCCCUGGGCCUCCUCCGCCUCCUGCAGCUCAUAUCCACCUGUGUGGCUUUCUCGCUGGUGGCCAGUGUGAAUGCUUGGACAGGGCCCAUGGGUAACUGGGCCAUGUUCACCUGGUGUUUCUGCUUUGCUGUUACCCUCAUCAUCCUGAUUGUGGAGUUAGGUGGAUUCCAGGCCCGCUUCCCCCUGUCAUGGCGAAACUUCCCCAUCACCUUUGCCUGCUACGCGGCUCUCUUCUGCCUGUCGUCUUCCAUCAUCUAUCCCACCACCUACGUACAGUUCCUAGCUCACGGACGUACCCGGGACAACGCCAUUGCUGCCACCACCUUCUCCUGCGUUGCCUGUUUGGCGUAUGCCACUGAAGUGGCCUGGACCCGUGCAAGGCCUGGUGAGAUCACUGGCUACAUGGCUACCGUGCCAGGGCUGCUCAAAGUUUUUGAGACCUUUGUAGCCUGUGUCAUCUUUGCCUUCCUCAGUGAGCCGGCCCUGUAUCAGCAUAAACCAGCCUUGGAGUGGUGUGUGGCAGUCUAUGCCAUCUGCUUCAUACUAGCAGGGGUGACCAUCCUGCUCAACUUGGGGGAUUGUACCAACAUGUUGCCCAUCCCUUUCCCCACCUUCCUGUCAGGCCUGGCCUUACUGUCUGUUCUCUUAUACGCCACUGCCAUUGUCCUCUGGCCCCUGUACCAAUUCGAUCAGAGAUAUCAGGGCCAUCCCCGCCGUUCAAUGGAUCCAAGCUGCACUUACAAUUUUAUGCAACCCACCACGGUGUGUUUCUGGGACCGACGACUGGCGGUGUCCAUCCUGACAGGUAUCAACCUGCUGGCCUAUGUGUCUGAUCUGGUGUACUCCACUCGUCUGGUGUUCGUCAAGGUCUAAGAUUGACAAGGGGCUCCCUUCCCCAUCUCUCCUUGCAGCCUCUUCCACCUGAUUACCCAGGUGAUUGGUACUGUCUCACUUUCUCCCUGUCCCCUCCCAUUUCCUCUUCCGGUAUGCCUGGUUUCCCCUUGAGCUGUGGCUGCACAGCCUCUUUCACUUUUCUAUCUCUGUAGUCUUUCCUGUGGGUUUUAUCACCUGCCUGUUUUCUUGGGAGCCCUCAGAAUUCUUGCUUUCUCUCCCACACCCCUCAAAGGUGCUGGCCCCACACAUCCCACACUCCUUUGCAGUUACCCACACUCCUUUGCAGUUCUUCACCAAAUGGGUCAUUUUACGGGCCUCAUUGCCAAAGCAUGCCUGCCUGCCUGCCUGCCUGCCUUAGCUGUGCCUUAGUCGGUAUGUAAGUGUGUGUGUGUGUGUGUGUGUGUGUGUGUGUGUGUGUGUGUGUAAGGGGAUUGGGAAACAGGCCAUAUAGUGUACCUGUUCUUUAAGUUCAAACCCAAACAAGCAAAAUCCUGGAGGUCAGCAAUUCCCGGUGGCCAGGAGUCAUCAUUAUGCAGAGUCUCUGCCUCAGUCUGUCACUCAGCUUUGUACCAGAUUGGCUCUCUCUGUUUUUACCAGGCUUACUGAAAGCCCACUGCCUAGAGGCUACCCUAGAUGAAGCAAUGGAUGGACACCGUUUCCUAAAUUUUUCUCUGUGCUAUUCAAACAAACAAAUGUAUCAAAAAUAUCCACAUGCUAUCACUCUCUCUCUUCUUCUCUGUUCCUUUCCAGCCCCUCUCUGGACAGGUUUCUCUGUGUAGCCUUGGCUGUCCUGAAUUUGCUCUGUAGACCAGGCUGCCCUCUAAUUCAAGAUAUCUGGCUGCUCAUGCCUCCCUAGUGCUCAGAUUAAAGGUGUGUGCCACCACUGCCCAGCCACCCACAUGGUCUUAAAGACAACUCUGAAGUAUUUCUGAGGGGCAGUAAUGGCGGCCCUUUUCUCUCAGUGUUAAAAAUUACAUGGUCUGCUUUAGUGGGGAUGAGAAGAGAAAUGGCCUUUGCCAGCCUUAAAGGCCUUCUGAUCCUCCUCCUUUUCAGAACACGAAGACAAAACCAAGCAACUAAGAAGCUCUUUUGUUUUAUUUAUUUAUUUUUAAAUAACUGUGGAGACUUUCUUACUGUAGCCCAAGCUGGUCUCAAACUUAACUGUAUAGCUGAGGCUUCCGUUGGAUCUUUGUCUUUCCGUCUCCACUUUCCGGGUGCUGAGACUACAGGCGUGCCAUCAUACCCCAGUUGUGUAGCCCCAUUUAACAGGGAAGCUUCUUAAACAUCUUUUCUGGGAGAUGUGGGGGGGAUGAGUUUGGGGUUAUCAGGAUUGAAAUGGCUUGUGUGUGCUGAACAUGAACCCAGAUCCUCACGUGCUAGUUGCUUCUUGCUGCUACUUUCUGCAUCUCUGGGAUUCACAUGCAUCACUUGAUAUAUAUAUAUAUAUAUUAAAAAUGUAUAAAUGUAUAUUUUAUUUUUUUUAAUUUUCUGGAGCUUUGGGUUUCUGUAGCUCCUGCUGUCAGUCAUCCUUUCCCACCCCUUAUAUCCAUAAUGUUCUUUUUUUUUUUUAAAAAAAAAAUCUCAGUAUAGAGAUAA